AUGAUAUUUCAUUUAAAUACCGAAAAAUGGACUAUUGAAAACAACUACGUCGUUUCAGGAAUUCCAUGUGAAAAGUUUGAGAAUUGUAUUUGGAAAGGGGUAGUAAAUAGUGAUAAGAGCUUAUUCGCAAUUUACUUGAAACACUUGAGCCCAUUGCAUAACUCUUUCUUAUUAUAUGUAUAUUCAAUGAAAAAUGGUCUUCAAGUAUCAUCAAGGCAAGUCGUACUUGAGGGUGAAGACAUAAAAAUUCAAUUUUUAGAAAGUAAUAAUCUUGAGGUUUUGGUCUUAUAUUCAUUAGACAAAGAAAAUGAGAGGAUUAUUUACAUGAUUAUGGAUCCCUAUGAGACCGCAUACGAAUGUGUAGAUGAAUAUGAUAUCCAAGAAUUCUUACCCCACGGUUCCAAAGUUACAAAUUACACGAUUGUUGAACCACCAACCUCUCAAUAUAGUAAAGUUAUACUUAGCUGUGGCGGAAAAAUCAAAUUGAUAGAUUUUAUCGUUCCUGAGAAAAUUAUCAAAAUGCUUAAUGAGUUGUAUGAUCAGAUGAAGCGUAAUCCCAAUCUAGCAAUUUAUUCAAGCUUCAAAGUCAUAAGAGAUUCGUAUGAGGGAACGAUUAAAAAUUUCAAAAAAGAUGAUGGGAUUAUUGCCGUAGGAAAAAAAUUGAAAUGGAAGAUUAUCACGUUCGGAUCUUUAUUUGUUUAUAAUAAAACCGAACAAGAUAAGUAUGGCAUUUGUCAAAUUAAACAAAUCGAUCAGCUACAAAAUGAACCAAUAUUAGGACUCAAGAGGUUAAAGCUUGACAUUCAGGGACUCAUAAUUCUAGAUAAUGAUGACCUUGUAUGUUACGACAAAUCUGGAAUCAUCAUUUUUGGCUUUAAUGAGACAUCUAGUAAUAUUGUUCUUAAAUAUUUUUAUCAUGAUGUUAGAACAUUUCUUAAUUGCAAAAGUCUUCCGAGCCCAAACUUGAACCUUCUAAACAAUCUAGACGAAGAUAUUUCAUGUAUAAUCAGCGAACUUCUGCAUGCAAGAAAGUAUAUCAUAGAAAUGAGCGAUGAAAUGAUUAAUAAUGCUAUUAUUUAUAAUGAACGUGAGAUGUUACGUACUUGCCUAUACAAAUUAUAUGAAUUACUUACCAACGAUAUUGUGAAUCAUUAUAGAUUCUGCAGCUUUAUCACAAAAUAUCUGCAAAUGUUAAAUUUGGAAUUUAAUACUUAUUACUCAAGGUUUAUAUCCAUUACUUUAAUCGUCCCAAAUCCUUGCAUCCAUAAAACUUAUUUUUCUGAUCGAACCAAAAUGGUUGGUUAUACUGAUCAUCCGAAUACCGUACAAGUAUAUAAACAUAAUGACUUUCAAAAUGUUUGGAAUUCUAUCCUCAAUUUUUGUUGCAGUACGAGUUAUAAAAAAGCUCAAAGCACGAGGGUAAUUAGUUUAAUCAUUCCUUACUUGGGUUUUACGAAAUAUCCCCCGAAAUAUAAUUUCUGGUCUGACUUGUUAAAACCAAAAGGGAACCAAUUUGUUGCUAUGGAUGACAAAAUAUUUUACGAAUGUUGGAAUGCUGAGGCAUUGCUUAAUUUCAAAUGGAAUACUUUUGGAAAAUAUUACUUUUUUCUCAUGUGGGGAAGUUUUUCCACGUUUUUGCUUACAUUUGGGAUUGUUACAACCUUGUCUUCAUCCGUUAUAUCAAAUGACGGAAGAGAUAUUGCUUUAUUGAUUAGCAUUAUUCUCGGUUUAAUUCAUAUCGUUCAUGAAAUUAGACAAAUCAUCUGGGAUUGGACGAAAUAUAUCACAGAUCCAUGGAAUUGGUUUGAUGAACCUGUUGUUAAUGUUGACCCAAAUAACCCUUGGAAUCUUGUCACCGAAUAUAAAUCGGUUUCACCAAAUGGUCAAAUCAGUUCCGAACCUAUUCUGAUUCAACAACCCGAAGAUUCUUUAAAUCAAUUUUCCACUUAUGAAACUUCACUUUUUGCCAUGUAUCUGUUCUUGACGGGAGAUUCAUCAGCGCUUAGCUCAUGGUCAUAUAAGGCAAACCCUUUCAUGGCGAUCUUGUUAACAUUGUUUUCAUUCUUGGUUGUAAUAUAUCUCAUGAACUUAUUUAUUGGAUUACUUAAUUUGGAGAUUGAGGAAAAUCGGUCACAUUCGUUAUUCUUGCUUCAAAAAGCAAAGGUUUUGGCCGAAAUUGAGAUGUUUCUUUUGCUUCCCAAUCAACGAAGAUGGAGACAUUGGUUUCCAGAUGUGAUAUAUUACGAAGCCCCAAUUGAAGAUGUUAAACAACUGAUCACAAAAAUAGAUUACAGUCUACCAUCGAAUAGCACGCCACACAUCUCUAAUGAAUUAAGAAGGUUGGCAGAUAUGGAAGUCCUUAAUAAAGGACCAAUGACAAAAGCUGAUUGUGAUAAUUUAAUGACGAAAUCCGAUUGUAAAGAUUUAAUGAAUAGAUUCAUGACUAGAGAUGAUUGGAAAAAUUCCAAAAUAGAAUUACUUAACGAAAUCAGAAUCCUUUUAGAUGAAAAUUUUGGCGGAAAAGGAAAAGAAAAUUUCGAAAAAAGCGAUAGUAACGAUGAUUUAAUAAUUAAUAUUAAAGACAAUUAG